AUGGUGGUGCAGAAAAAACUUAGGGCUAUCUUGACCGAUGAAGGUGUAUUGAUCAAAUCGCAAUCACACCAUAUGUUCAAUAAGCAUGGUCAACUCAGAAGCGGAGAUUCUUUAUCCUUGUUGAGCUGCUUGUCCUGUCUGGAUGAUGGAACUUUGAGCUCUGAUGGAGGUUCUUUUGAUGAGGAUGAUUCCCUGGAACUGUUGCCUCUUAAUACUACCAUUCCGUUCAACAGAAUUUUGAACGCAAAAUAUGUGAAUGUCGGUCAGAAAGGCUUCAAUAAUGGCAAAAUUUCUUCGAAUCCUUUUCAAACGGAAAAUCUGAGUUCUUCGUCUGAAAAUGACGACGUUGAGAAUCAUAGUUUGAGCAAUGAUAAGGCUCCUGUAAGCGAAUCACAGUCAUUUCCCAAAAAAGACAAGUGGGAUACAAAAACGAACACUGUGAAGGUGUCUCCCGAUGAUUCACAGGAUAACUCACCAUCUUUAGGGAUAAAAGAUAAUCAACAGUUAAUUGAGUUAACUUUUGCUGUACCCAAGGGCCAUGAUGUUAUACCACAAAAAUUAACCUUGUUAAUAGAUCACGUUUCUAGGAAAUCGAGAGCAAAUACCGGAGAGGAGAACAUUUCUUCUGGUACUGUGGAAGAAAUCCUGGAAAAAAGUUAUGAAAAUUCCAAGAGAAACAGAUCGAUAUUAGUCAUUAUUAAUCCCCACGGUGGUAAAGGUACUGCUAAAAAUUUAUUCCUGACAAAAGCAAGGCCAAUACUAGUGGAAAGUGGCUGCAAAAUAGAAAUUGCAUACACAAAAUAUGCCCGUCACGCCAUCGAUAUUGCCAAAGAUUUAGAUAUCAGCAAAUACGAUACCAUUGCAUGUGCCUCGGGUGAUGGUAUUCCAUACGAAGUAAUUAAUGGGCUUUAUAGAAGACCCGACAGAGUGGAUGCGUUCAAUAAACUAGCCGUAACUCAGCUACCUUGCGGUUCAGGAAAUGCUAUGAGCAUUUCAUGUCAUUGGACAAAUAACCCAUCGUACGCCGCUCUGUGCCUUGUCAAAUCCAUUGAAACAAGAAUAGACUUAAUGUGUUGUUCCCAACCUUCUUAUAUGAACGAAUGGCCAAGAUUAUCCUUUUUGAGUCAGACGUACGGCGUUAUUGCAGAAUCUGAUAUUAACACUGAAUUCAUCAGAUGGAUGGGUCCCGUUAGGUUUAAUUUGGGUGUAGCAUUCAACAUUAUCCAAGGUAAGAAAUAUCCCUGCGAAGUUUUCGUCAAAUAUGCUGCCAAAUCUAAAAAGGAAUUAAAAGUUCAUUUCUUAGAAAAUAAAGAUAAAAACAAAGGAUGUUUAACCUUCGAACCAAAUCCUAGCCCAAACUCUUCGCCGGAUUUACUAUCUAAAAACAAUAUCAACAACAGUACAAAAGAUGAACUUUCACCGAAUUUUCUCAACGAGGACAACUUUAAAUUAAAGUAUCCGAUGACGGAACCAGUACCUAGAGACUGGGAGAAAAUGGAUUCAGAGCUAACUGAUAACUUAACAAUCUUUUACACAGGGAAAAUGCCGUAUAUUGCUAAGGACACCAAAUUUUUUCCCGCUGCUUUACCAGCGGAUGGUACCAUUGAUUUAGUCAUAACGGAUGCAAGAAUCCCAGUGACAAGAAUGACACCAAUUUUAUUAUCCUUGGAUAAAGGUUCUCAUGUAUUAGAGCCAGAAGUUAUUCACUCAAAAAUAUUGGCUUAUAAGAUUAUACCAAAAGUGGAGUCAGGUUUAUUUUCAGUGGAUGGUGAAAAGUUUCCUUUGGAACCCUUGCAAGUGGAAAUAAUGCCCAUGUUAUGCAAGACGUUGCUAAGGAAUGGUAGAUAUAUCGAUACAGAGUUUGAAUCCAUGUAG